AUGCGGCACUUGGGAAAGGAAAGUCUUGGUUACACGCACACUUUACCGUUUGUCCCAAAUGCAGACCAGACUUGGGGUGGAGGGCAAGAAGAACCAGUCAGCCCGCCGCGUGUGUCAGGCCCGAGGUGUACCCGACGGGCUGGGAGGCAUUGCCUUAAAGACUCUGUGAAGGCGGCCCGAAGGCCUUGUGAUUUGCGCAGUGGAUCAGUGGAAAGUGUGUGA